AACGGGCAAGGUGGUGAGGAUGUGCUCAUAUCGUCGCUGAACAACUGUCAUCUAAGUAUUGGCUUCCAAGCGUCUACAGUGCAUCUGAAGAAUAUCCACAACAGUUGUAUCGUUCUAGCGCCAGUCUCAUCAUCAAUUCUCAUACGUAACUGCUCGAGUGUAACUUUGGUGGCUGCAGCUCAUCAAAUUCGAGUUCACGAUAGCCGUGAGCUGAAGCUGCAUAUAGCUGUUCGAAGUGCGAUUGUUAUUGAAGAUUGUGAUGAAUUCCAAAUAGCUCCUUAUCGCGUUAAAGACGUUCAGCUGGAUUGGAUCGACACGAAUAACAAUUGGCGUCGAGUACAAGACUUCAAUUGGCUUUCCGAUGAGCCAAAUCCUCAUUGGUGUUUGAUGAGUGAAUCAGAAUGGUGCACGUUCGAUUUAAGAACUUGUCAAGCUUGCAGUCAGUGA